AUGCAGCCAAGUGAAAAUAUCUGGUCAUCAAUUUUAGACAGCGUUUCCAAUAGCCAAUCAAGGCUGCCUUCUAAGAAUGUUCUCUUGUUAGGUCAAACUGGAAGCGGGAAAUCAUCUGUUAUUUCACAUCUUACAAACAAGCCAAUCAAUUCAUCUCAUAAAGAUUACGGUUUAAGCGUAGAAUAUUCGGAUGUACACGAUAUCGCUGAUGAUGAAGUUAUGGCUAGAAUGUCCAUCUACUCAAUACCAAACUCAAAUAAGAUUUAUACCGAUUUAAUUAAGCUUAUUAUUACCCCUGAAACUAUUUCAGACCUUUUAGUCGUCAUUCAGCUCGAUUGGGAAAGGCCUUGGAGCUUUAUUGAUGAUUUGAGCAGGUGGAUUAGCUGGAUUGAUCUGCAUAUUAGCCAUCUUAGAGGUCUCGAUGACAAAUUCAAUUCUCUCCUUCAAGAUCUUCAACUUAAGUUAAGGCGCUAUCUUGAAAACUACACUGAACCUUCUUCAACCUCAGAUAAUAAAUCGUCAGUUACAAAACUCGCUAUGGGCUUAGAAGAUCCUCUCCCUCUUGAUAAAAGUACUCUCACUCAUAAUUACUCUUCAAUUCCACUCGUCAUUCUUUGUCACAAAUCUGACACAAUCGACAAAGCUCAAAACAUAAAGAAGGACGGUUGGGCCACUGAUGAUAACGUCGAAUGGAUACAACAAGUUCUAAGGGGGAUUGCCUUGAAGUAUGGUGCUGCUAUAGCCUAUACCUCGAUAAAUAAGCCUGAAACUAUCAAUCUUGCACGUGAAUAUAUCUACCAUAGGUUAUUUCAACCAGAUGCUCAAUCGCAUGCACCGCGUUCAUUCCCUUUCAAUAGGCGAGCUGUCAUCGUUGAGCAUGACGCCGUUUUCAUUCCAUCCGGAUGGGAUAGCUGGGGAAAGAUUACAGCUCUGAGGGAAGGUAUUAGUCCUACAGAAGAUAUAGUCAACGAAGGAUGGGAUAACCAAUUGAAUGGCGAUCAAGAUGCACAACCCAAAUCAUCUAAAAUCUUUCAAGACGUUAUACACGAUCCUACUAGAUAUCAUUACAAUUUAUCAACUCAACAGGACACAGAGCUCGUUGCAGAAUCCGAAACAAACUUCCUUGCAAAGCAUUUCGAGUCACUUUCCAAAGAUCCACAAAGAGAUCCACGCAACACAUUCAAGCAAGCCUCUAAACCUGAAAGCGUAUCUUAUGGCUCAGGUAUAGUAGGUCCUAUGGACAGUGAUAGUUUGAAUCUACCCUCAGUUGAGAGAGUAAUGAGGAAUGAGACAAGCGGUAUUUCGGAAAACACGGAGAGCAAUGACGCCACCAGCACACCAUUCAAGCCCAAACUAAGCCACACACACUCAAUGAGCCACUCACAGCCAUUCACCCCUACAUCUACUAACAAUCCACCUUCAAGCCAGUCAAAUCAAGGAACUCCUUCAGCUAUCGCUCCAAGUCAGCAUGAAGUGUUACAGAACUUUUUCCAAAGCUUAUUAAGUGCUAAGAAGACUGAUAGUUGA